AUGGCCUUCUUCGAGGACGGGGCCGAAGGAGGGUUUGCGCCGCGGCCGGCUUUGGGCCCACGACGCCCGAGGCCUGUCACGGAUUAUGGCUCGUCACUGGUGCAGUGGGUGCGGGUUCGACAGCCUCGAUACAAGGGAGCUCCCAGACUGGAGGCAGAGCGGCCGAGUGCUAGCUAUACCGUUGAUAUACUUCCUCCGGUAGCUACUAUACAUUCCGCAGCGAGUACGAUUCCCGUUCGACACCUACAUCAGUCCAUUGGAAAAUCAAAGAAACCUAUAACAGUCGUGAGAUGGACGCCGGACGGUCGUCGUUUGCUUACCGGUGGUCACACGGGUGAAUUCAUGCUAUGGAACGGCACGGCUUUCAAUUUUGAAACUGUCAUGGAUGCGCAUUAUGACCAAUUUCAGGCUGGCGUGACAUCGGCUGCCUGGUCGCAUAGCCACGACUGGCUUAUAUCAGGCGGACAAAAGGGCGAUGUCAAGUAUUGGAGGCCGAAUUUUAACAACGUCGAAACCGUUGACGAUGCGCACCAAGAAGCCGUCAGGGAUCUAACAUGGUGCCCCAACGAUUCAAAGUUUCUUUCAGCCUCUGACGAUACGACGUUGAAGAUAUUUGAUUUCACGGCUCGAACGUGUGAGAUGGUUCUGACCGGGCAUGGAUGGGAUGUCAAAUCUUGCGACUGGCAUCCAACAAAGGGUCUGCUGGUUUCAGGCUCCAAGGACCACCAAGUCAAGUUCUGGGACCCUCGCACUGGCAGGUGCUUGACAACACUACAUACACAUAAGAACACCGUCACCACCACGAAAUUUUCGCCGGUCAACACGAACCUCUUGGGAACAUCCUCUCGCGACCAAACUGGCCGUGUAUUUGACCUGCGUAUGAUGCGGGACAUAUGUAUAUUGAGGGGUCAUGAGAAACCAAUCUCGUCUUUAGCCUGGCACCCGAUGCACAGCAACAUGAUAUCUACUGGCAGCGAGGACGGGUCUCUAUACCAUUAUCUGCUUGACGAGCCUAACCUUCCUGCUGGGCAGAUGCCUACUGUUGCUCCAUAUGGCACUACGGAUCCUACGAACACUCCUGCACAGGUUAUAUUCCCGGCACAUAAGAUCCAAUACGCCCACGGAGCGACUAUUUGGUCCCUUGACUGGCACCCACUAGGCCACAUUCUCGCUUCGGGAUCUAAAGAUAACUUCACCCGCUUCUGGUCCCGUGCCAGACCAGGAGAAAUAAACUACCUCAAGGACCGAUUCCAUAUCGGAGAAGAGGCUGCCGAGGCGCAAGGAACAUGGAACCGUGGGUUUGGACGUAAACAGAUGCGCGAGGAAGAAGAACAGGAAGCACAGGCAGAAGAUGAGAGCCGUAUGGACCAACGGCAAGCCGCGGAGUCACAGAUCCCUGGCAUUCAAAACGCUGGUACUGAAGGCCAAGGCUUACCCGGCCUACUCCCUGGUAUCGGAGCAUUACAACCUCCACCUCCACCGCCGCCCAAUGCAUCCGGAAUCCCCCCAUCCCUCCCGCAGAUGGACCCUGGACGCUUAGCUGCCAUGCUAUCCCAGGGUGGCUACCCUCCUCCACCUCCACCACUAGGCCAGGGCCAGCAACCUCUAUUCCCGCAUGCCACUCCUCCCCCACCACCACCACCACCUUUCUACCCAGGCAGCAUACCGCCAAACAUGGCGCACAUGUUUCCUAACCCGCAGUUCCCACCUCCCGGAAUGCCUCCUCAGAAUUUUGGGCAGCAGGGCUAUCCUCCUCCGCCUUCUGGGCUACCAGGGUUAUUUGCUGGAGCAAACGAUAAGCCAAAGUGA